UAGCUCUGUCAAAUGGCAUAUAAAACAUGGUAGAGCCACCGUUGCACUCUCUGCCUGUCUCUUCUAAUAAGCAGCUAAGUAAGCAAAAGCCAGAACCAAAUGCGGCCAGAGCCAGAGCCAGAUACAGUGGCAGCUCCAUUGCCACCAUGUGCUCUUCAUCAUUCUAUUCACAACACUGAUAUGUGCUCUGGUUCUCAAUGCUGGAAUCCGCUGCUUCUUGCGUCGUAGCAGGGAGCCUAACAGAAGGGAAGAAGAUAGGGGAAAACCAGACCUGGAGGCCAUGGGAGCAACCUUGGUGGUGGCUGCAACCUUGGUGUUUUCAGCUGGGAUGAAGUUGGCAGGGACAGAGGUAGAGUGUGCUAUUUGCUUGUCAGAGUUUGCGGAAGGUGAGGGGAUUCAGGUUUUGGGAAGGUGUAAGCAUGGUUUCCAUAUGCAAUGUAUUCAGAAAUGGUUGUCUUCCCAGUCUUCUUGUCCCACUUGUCGUCGGAGUUGUCUCGCCGCCUCCUCUUCAUCUUCGGAAGAAACUGAUACCUGCUGCCCAGAUGCAGAUACAUAGUGGUGUCAGAUAGAGCACCAUUACGCAUCUUUGAAGGCAUGUCUUCACAAAUCAAUAGUUGUCUUUAGGUAUCAAGUUUUUUCCUUCCUCACCUACGACUACAAGCUAUCCCCAGAUUCUUUUUUUUUUCCUCUUGAUUUGUAUACAAAUCCUUUGAAGCAUUUGAGGCUUGAUGAAGAUGUGCGCAAUAUAUUAGUUAGAUAGAAAGAGACAUUCAAGCAACAGUAUUGGCAAUACCCUCCUUUCCACCAUGUCAGGCAACUACGAGUAAUCGAAAAAACAAAACAGGCCAAACAUA